AUGGGAUCCGUCUCCGCUCAGGACUUUUCAGGGGGCUGUGCCAAAACCGAAGAGGAUGAGUGCCCCAGCGGCGAAGAAGACCCCCAGGCCUACCACGGUGUCGGCGUAUGCAAAUGGUUCAAUGUGCGGAUGGGCUUCGGCUUCCUCUCCAUGACCAGCAGGGACGGCACCCCCCUGGAGACCCCAGUCGACGUGUUCGUUCACCAGAGCAAGUUGCACAUGGAGGGCUUCCGCAGCCUGAAGGAGGGUGAGGCGGUGGAGUUCACCUUCAAGAAGUCCUCCAAGGGCCUGGAGUCGGUCCGGGUGACGGGGCCCGAGGGGGCGCCCUGCCUGGGCAGUGAGAGAAGACCCAAAGGGAAGAACGUCCACAAACGACGAUCCAAAGGAGACAGGUGCUACAACUGUGGAGGUCUGGACCACCAUGCCAAAGAGUGCAAACUGCCGCCCCAGCCCAAAAAGUGCCACUUCUGCCAGAGCGUAGCGCACAUGGUGGCCCAGUGCCCAUUGAAAGCACAGCAGUCCUCCCCCGGUUCUCAGGGCAAACCGUCGCCACAGAGGGGUGAGGAGGAAGAGGAGCAGAACCACUCCCCGCCUCCAGCCCCGCCCACAGAGGCCGACGAGUGA